AUGGUCAACCUCAAAAUUUUAUCUUGCUGGCUUAUCAGCCUGUCGAUGCCAUUGCUGGCUUUUGGCAUACCGGUCGUUAGGUCAGGGCCUCAGUACCCGCUUGAUGACCCUUUCUAUGUGCCUCCUGAUGGCUUUGAGUCCACCGCGCCAGGCAGCAUUUUACGUUAUCGGACACCACCGUAUCCCAUCGCAGCAUUCGGUUUGGUUAAAGUCAAUCUAGCGGCAUCAUACCAGAUCUUAUACCGAACGACAAACUCUUUCGGCGAUGCAGUGGCAACCGUAUCUACCAUUCUCAUACCGCAUAACGCAGACUUCACUAAAUUGCUGUCCUAUGCUGUGGCGCAAGAUGCUGCUUAUGCUGAUUGCUCGCCAUCUUAUGCCUUCCAGCUAGAAGCUGCCACAGACGGAGUAAUUGGUCUCAUCAUGCCUCAAUUGGAAUUGGUUUUCAUCACAGCCGCCCUCGAAAAGGGAUGGGUGGUUACCGUACCCGAUCAUCUUGGCACAAAGUCCGCAUUCUUGGCUAAUAMCCUCUCUGGUCAAGCCACUCUGGACAAUAUUCGAGCAGCACUGGCAUCGACAGAGUUUACAAAUAUCUCUUCAGAUGCGACUAUCACCAUGUGGGGGUAUUCCGGUGGCAGUUUAGCUAGCGGAUUUGCUGCCGAGCUGCAGCCAACUUAUGCCCCGGAGCUUAAAAUUGCCGGAGCUGCUCUAGGAGGAACUGUCCCUCAGAUUCUUCCCGUGAUAUAUGCUACCAACAAGGGCGUAUUCACCGGCCUGAUUCCCGCAGGUAUCCAGGGCCUAGCAAAUGAGUAUCCGAGUGCCGCCCAGCUGAUUGCCGAGAAUGUGCUGCCCUCGAAGGCUGCUGCGUUCAACAAAACCCAAACUCUCUGUCUCGCGGGAGACAUAACCACCUAUCUUGGCCAAGAUGUCUAUUCAUACGUCAGGGAUCCAAACAUCUUCACCGGGCCGGUAGCUACUGCGCUACUUGAGGCCAAUGCAAUGGGCCAACAUGUACCGGAAAUACCAUUGUACAUCUAUAAAUCCGCCGGAGAUGAGAUAAGUCCGGUCAACAAUACUGAUGAUUUGGUCUCACAAGUUUACUGUCCUGGCGGUGCCCGCGUUCAGUAUUUGCGUGAUGAGCUGUCGGAACAUGCGACUAUGGCUAUUCUUGGUGCGCCGGAUGCAUUCAUCUGGCUGGAAGCUCGUAUGAAUGGGGAGCCGGUAGACGCGGGUUGUUCGACGUCUACUGUUGUUACGAGCUUGACGGACCCCAGUACUCUACUAGCUUUAGGGGUUGAUGUUGUCGAUGUUUUACUGUCUCUUCUUUCCGUGCCUAUUGGACCUAUAAUGAUUGGAUGA